GCACGGUCUGCGCGUGCGUGUUAGUGCUUCCUUGGUACAGCGUGAGCACAUGAAAAGUGAACGAAGUUGUUGUUUAUACUUUUAUUUGGUCAACUAAAGCGAUACAAUAUCAUCUCAAAACAAGAGGAGCGGAGUACACAUGUUUUCUAUGUCAUCUUGGUAGCUUGCUUGGAUGUUUACUUCUGUAGGACCAGUUGAUUCAAGUGCUACAAAGUCAGGUUAACGUUACAUUUUUUUCUCAGUCAAUAAACAGUAGGUAGAGAGAGUCUGACAGUUCUGACAUGGGGCGAAAGAAGCAGGGUAAAUUUGAGCGCCCAGUGAACAAGGGGAAAGAUAAACGACACAAGAUGAAGGGGAAAUCUCUUGAGUGUUUCACAGAAGAGAUGCAUGAUGCAUUGCAAGCCAGCCUGCAUCCUGAUGAUGCAGGGGAGGCUGCCCAGGUGAAGUUGCCCUGCCCCCUGGCCAUGUGGGAGCUGGGCCACUGCGACCCAAAGCGCUGCACAGGAAGAAAGCUGGUCCGCAAAGGCUUUGUUCACAACCUACGCCUCAACCAGAGGUUCCAUGGACUCAUUCUGAGCCCCAUGGGCACCAAAUACGUCUCACCAGCAGACAGGGACAUUGUGGCUCAGAAUGGACUUGCUGUCAUUGACUGCUCUUGGGCUAAACUUGAGGAGACGCCCUUCAAUAAGAUGAUAGGUAGUCAUCCUCGGUUGCUACCAUACUUGGUUGCUGCCAACCCAGUGAACUAUGGGAAGCCCUGCAAGCUGUCUUGUGUGGAGGCUUUUGCUGCCACCUUCUGCAUUGUGGGUUUUCAGGACCUGGCUGUGAUUCUGCUAAGGAAGUUUAAGUGGGGGACUGUGUUUCUGGAUCUGAACAAGACUCUGCUGGAUCGCUAUGCAGCUUGUCAGUCAGAGGAGGAGCUGCUGGCUGUGGAGAAAGAGUACCUUAACACCCCUCCUGAGAAAGAAGAGUUUGAUCCAUUCGAUGUUGACUCAGGGAGAGAAUGCAUGAAUCUCAACAGACCCCCUCGUGUUGCUGAGGAAGAGGAUGAUACAGAGAGUGAUGGUGAGGAAGCUGGAAGUUCUGGAACAUCAGAAGAUGACAACGGUGAUGUCAAAGAGGAAGAGGACGAUGGGGGAAAGGAUAGAGAAACUGGAGAUGAGGAGGAAGAGCUAGGAGAGUCAUCAAAAGUGCAAUGAAAAAUGUGGAUAUACUGGGGACUUUGAGGAGAAUGGCAAGACUUAUUCACUAUGUGAAAUUGAGUCCCUUUGUUUACUAAACAUUGUGUAGGUUUACAUGGACACUAAUUCGAUAUUAAACGGAUUAUGGCAAUUGGCCAAGUAUGGCAAUAGGCAUGUAAACAGUUUACUCUGUUUAUCUUAAUCGUCAUAUGGUUACAAUCGAAGUAAGCAUAUGUCGAUUAAAACACCUGGUUUUCUGAAAAAUAUUUUGAAUUAUUAGGACAUAUAAACUGCGUUAUCCUCGUUCUAGUAGUGUAUUUGAUUUGCCAGCACCAGUAGGUCAAGCCUCCCUCUUGAGGGAGUGAAGUGAGUUUGGAAAAACUGAAAGUAGGCUAUACAUUUGGAAAUACUUUUCAAGUACAAACUAUAUGUCCGAACUCAGAAUCGAGUAGGUUUUGCAAAAAUAACAUGUUCUACCACAGCGACCGUUUAUUUUGAUUGGUGAUUUUUAUGCAUUUAUUUCUCAUCAGGUAGCCUGAUUCCAGAUGUGUCCAUGUAAACAGGAUUAUUAGGGAAAUCGUUCAUUUUGCAAAGCAUGUUAACGUUUUAAACGAACUAUUAAAUUAAUCUCUCUAUCAACAAUAA